CAUCCGGCGCAUGCGCAUACGGGGGUUCAUUCGACGGCGGCGGCGGUCGGGCCGGGUCUCUGCCGCGUGUGGUGUUUUUUUAAAUUUAAACCAUUCGCACGAUGAUCAUUCCGGUGCGGUGUUUCACUUGCGGCAAAGUUGUCGGCAACAAGUGGGAGGCCUAUCUGGGCCUGCUGCAGGCUGAAUAUACUGAGGGUGAUGCUUUGGAUGCAUUGGGCCUGAAGCGAUAUUGCUGCAGACGGAUGCUCCUCUCCCAUGUUGACCUGAUUGAGAAACUCCUGAACUAUGCACCUUUGGAGAAGUGAUUGUGGAUCACAAUAAUGGCAAAGUAUUAGUCCAACCUCACUGGAGUUGAUGGCACGAAUCUCUGUGGAGAUCUAAAGACUGACUUGUAUUUAAUCUUAUCGUUUCAGAAGACAUUUUGCAUUUGUGUAUCCUGAAUAAAAUGGAUUUAAUUUGA